CCCAUCUUCUAUCCCUUUCUAGACUCCUUUUCCCAGCUGGCUGCUCCUCAAUACCCAAAGAUUCACCUAUACAACGAAGAGCAAGUUCUGAGCUGGGAGUGGUCGUCCGCAAACAAUGACACAAGACCAGUCGUCUACCGGGUACAGUAUAAAUACAUCACUAGCGAGCAUUGGCAUGACGUCACAGUGAAGUCCGUGGGCGUGAACUGCACAAGGAUCCCAGAGACACAGUGUAACUUCACCAACGCCAGAUUCCUUCGAUGUUCCAGUGUGUCUUUACGUGUUCGAGCUGAGCUGGGGGAGAUUGUUUCUGCCUGGACCACAGGGCUUUGGUUUCAGUACUAUCAGAAUGUUACGAUCGGGCCUCCAAAAGACAUGUUGGUGACCCCAGAAGCAGCUUCCCUUCUCAUCAGGCUCUCCUCUCCCUUUGAACUCCCUAGGAAGUGCGGGAUCGUGUUUGUCUAUUACAUCCAUUACUGGGAAGAAGCAGGAGUCCAACAGGUAAAAGGCCCCAUGACCUGCAGUACCAUCUUGUUGGAUAAUUUGAAGCCGUUAAAAGUGUACUGUUUACAAGCUGAGGCACGUUUGUCUUUGCAAACCUCUAGACCUGGACGUUUAAGCAACAUAUCUUGCUAUGAAACAAUGGCAAAAGCCUCCAGCAAGGUGCAACAAGUGGCCCUGAUCUCUGUGGCCAUCUUUUUAGUAUUACUGGCACUGUCUGCUCACUUGCUGUUCAGAUAUAAAAGCCAAGUGAAAUACUGGUUUCACACUCCACCAAGAAUCCCAUCACAAAUAGAAGAGUAUUUGAAGGACCCAGUUCUACCUAUCUUAGAGGCUUUGGACAAAGAAAGCUCACCAGAGGAUACCUGGGACUCUGUGUCAGUCAUUUCAUUUCCAGCAAAGGAAGAUGUUCUCCAGACACUUGAAUCAGAGCGCUGAUCAGCCUGCUGGCACGGGACCCGGGGCGGGGAAGCCGCAGACAUCCCGCCCCACCUCAGAGCCCAGUGUGCCACACCUCCGCCUCGCUAACUUCUGAUGAUGCCUAACAAGGCAUGUGAGAUCUCAGGGGUCACACAGAUUCUGUUUUUUUUUUUCUCUAAGAACUCUCUGAAGCAUACAAGUUUCUGGCAUGUUUCUAUAGAAAUAUCUCAGAAAACUGAAGGUUUCUCUUAAACACUAAACAUGUAAUUACCUGUUGGUAACGUGGAGGAGGUCUACUGGGAUGUUUUUCUUCAUUAUUGGUAAGUCCUGGCCAUCAAAAGACCACAUCCUCUUCUUCUGGAAGAUGAGCUAUCCCAAGCUGCCACACAGUGGACUCUUAGUGGCCUCUUCACAUUUUUAGCUUAAAAUGUGAUGAAUCAUAGACUAGGAGUGGAGCACAGUGAUCCAGCACUUACCCAGCACCUGUGAGCCCUGGGCUCCAUUUCCAGCACCACCAAAAGAAAAAGGAGCCAGUGAUGGUGGUUCAUACCUGUAAUCCUGUAA